AGUACUAUGGCGGCCACCACCCCUCUCCUCCUCCUCCUCCUCCUCCUCCUCCCCCUCUCCCAAGCCACCACCUUCGUCAUAACCAACAACUGCUCUCAAACAAUCUGGCCGGCCGCCACCCCCUACGGCGGCGGCCUCCAACUCCUCCCUUCCCAAAACUGGACCAUCACCACCAACACCACCAACUCCACCUCCGGCAUCAUCUGGGCUCGCACCAACUGCACCUUCGAUUCCUCCGGCAACGGCACCUGCCUCUCCGGCGACUGCUCCGGCGCCCUCAACUGCACCUCCCGCCCCUCCUCCCCCGUCACCGUCGUCGAAUACUCCCUUUACCAAUGGGGCAACAACGACUUCUACGACAUCUCCCUCACCGACGGAUUCAAUCUCCCCGUCGCCAUUACCCCGACCGGGCCCGGAAAUUGCAGCGCGGUGAAGUGCACCGGGAAUAUCAGCGGCGAGUGUCUGCCGGAGCUGAGGGCGGCCGGAGGGUGCAAGAGUGCUUGCGACGUGUAUAAGACCGAUGAGUACUGUUGUAAUAAGGUGGGAAGCUGCUCGCCGACGAAGUAUUCGAGGUUCUUUAAAAGCCUCUGUCCUAAUGCUUAUAGUUAUCCGAUGGAUGAUCCGACCAGCACAUUUACUUGUACAUCUGGUGGAGAUUAUAGGGUCACUUUUUGCCCGUAA